AUGGCUGGUGGUGCUCCAGGGUCAAGCUCCCGCGGUCGCGGUGGGAAGUUCAAGAAGUACACAAGAGGAGGCGGCCACCACUUCUCACGCAAUCUACAGCCCCUCGACUCGGAAGGAAAUGCCGUCAGCAUGUGGGGUGUGGACGAUGCGAAGAAGGACGACUCCGAAUCCGAGGAAGACUCCGAGUCCGAGGAGGAGGACAGCGAGGAUGAUGAUGCGAACGCCAAGGCGUCGGCCGCCGCCGCCGCCUCGCGCGAUGACCGCAAGGCUCUGAAGAAGGCCCGCAAGGAUGCCGCCAUCGCCAAGCAAAAGGGCAAGACGGUCGAGGUGGGCGACAUGCCCUCGAGCGACGAGGAUAGCGAGGAGAGCGAGGACGACGACAUGCCCGCCAACCCCAACCAUUCCAAAGCCGCCCGCAAGCAGGCCGCCAAGCCCGCAGUGAGCGACGACGACGACGAGGUCAACAAACUUACAGAUAAGGUGAAGAAGUUGCAGCCACUGAGCCGCAAGGAAAGGGAAGCGGCAGAGGCUGCUGCCGCCAAGGAGAGAUAUAUGAAGCUACACCAUGCGGGCAAGACCGAUGAGGCCAAGGCCGAUUUGGAGAGAUUAAAGGCUAUUCGCGAGAAGCGAGAGGCCGAAGCAGCACGUCGGCAGGCCGAAAAGGAAGAGCGUGAAGCCCAGGAGAAAGCCCGCCGAGCUGAAAUUGAGGCUAGGGAAGCCAAGUUGCGAGCGGCGGCGGCUGCUGCGCCCAAGAAGGGGAAGAAGAAAUGA